UGAUUGUCUCUGAGCUUCCACAGUCAUCACUGUCUAUAUACUGGAUUGAAGGUUCCUCUCCCAAAACUUCUGGGUAAAAGAAAAAAAAAAAUAACUAUUUCCUUCCUGUUCUCGUGAGAGUCAAACAGAUGAAACUUCCAUGCUGCACAGAGGGCUGAAUAACAACCUUAAACAUGGAAGAAUGCCCCUGGAUAUUUUCUGCCAAAUCAUUACCAUCAGACUGUCGUCUAAUGGCAACUGUGGCCAAUGGAUAUCUGGGGACAAGGAUCUAUGGAGAUGUCCUGCACGUGAACGGAGUGUACAAUGGGUCAGUAGGUGACUGCCAUAGAGCAAGCGUCCCAAGCCCUCUCAACAUCCAGCUGGCCAUAAGUAAAGAAGAGAUUAUAGAUGAGACCUUUUCUCUGAAUAUUAAAACUGGUACAUUCAACCAUACCGUACAGUGCUCUUCAUUUACAGCUACCCAGCAGAUCUUUGCUCAUCGUUCUCACAGACAUCUCUUGGUGUACACCAUAUCUUUAAAGAUCACAAGGGGUUCCAGUCCUGUUAAAGUCAAUCUUCAAACACACUUUAAAGGAGAAAGUGAAGAUCUAGAUCUUCAGAGAGGUCCUGACUACUGCAAUGCUCAGUACAUCUAUGGGAGCACACUGGUCCCAGAGGUUAAAUCUUGUCCACUAAAGUCUGUCCACAUGAUUUACACUCAAGUUCCACAGUCUCUUGUCCUAUCUUCUGAGCAGGAGAAGACUUGGGUGUUCCUCACAGCAGUAGCCGAGACAGAGCAGCAGGUGAAGGAGAAAUAUUCUGAGGGUCUUACUCUGGUUGACCAGAAGCAGUUGUACUCCUUACAUGAAGAAGCCUGGACACAAUUAUGGGAUGGAUGCUGGAUAGAAAUAGAAGCAUAUCUGGCUCUCAAACAAGCUGUCUAUGGUUGUCUGUAUUAUCUCCUGAGCUCCGUACCACUUUUGGGCUGUAAUGAAGAGUUCAAUGGAAUUAGCCCUGGAGGUCUCUCUAAUGGCCAGAGAAAUGAAGAUUACUGGGGACAUGUUUUCUGGGAUCAGGACACUUGGAUAUAUCCGAACAUUCUACUGUUUUACCCAGAGAUGGCCCGUCAUAUCCUUAAAUACAGGAUUCGGACACUGGAGGGAGCAAUGCAGAAUGCUGAACAGCAAGGAUAUAAAGGUGCCAAGUUCCCUUGGGAAAGUGCUGUAACAGGAUGUGAAGUUUGCCCUGAUAAAAUCUAUGGAGACCAAGAAAUUCACAUUAAUGGAGAUGUUAUGAUGGUGUUUAAGCAAUACUAUGAAAUGACAAAGGAUUUAGACUUUUUUGCUUCAAGUGGAGGUUGGGAUGUGGUGAGCUCAAUUGCAGACUAUUGGUGUAGCCGUGUAGUGUGGAGCAAAGAGGAACAGAACUAUCAUAUAAAAGGUGUGAUACCUCCAGAUGAAUAUCAUGCAGAUGUUGAUAACUCAGCCUAUACAAAUGCUAUUGCUCAGAUCAGUUUAAAAUUUUCCAUAGACCUGGCUACUGAUUUACAAUAUCCGAUUCCAGAAUUGUGGAAGGAAGUGGCAAGUAAAAUCAAACUGCCUUUUGAUACCACAAUCAACUACCACCCUGAGUAUGACACGUAUACAGUAGGUGAGAAGGUGAAACAAGCAGACGUGGUCAUGCUUGGAUAUCCUCUGAUGGUUCAAAUGACUUCUGAACAACGCAGAAAUGACCUUCUAAUUUAUGACAUGGUCACCGAUCCUGAUGGCCCUGCUAUGACUUGGAGUAUGUUUUCAGUUGGUUUUAUGGAACUAAAACAGAUUGAAGCUGCUCAACGACAAUUGAAGAAAUGCUUUGCAAACAUAACUGAACCUUUUAAGAUAUGGACAGAAUGUGCUGAUGGAUCUGGAGCUGUGAAUUUCCUCACAGGAAUGGGAGGAUUUCUGCAAGCUAUACUCUUUGGUUAUACAGGUUUCAGAAUCAACAAACAAAGCCUGGACUUGGACCCGGUUUUCACCAAUGAAAUCACCAAAUUGCAGAUUACUGGGGUUUCUUAUUUUAGAAAUAAACUUAAUUUUACUUUCACAAAAUCUGUUACAACUGUGGAGUUGACAUCAGUAUGUGGAAAUCCAAAUGAUUCACUUGUUAUCUCAUUUGAUCAAUUAACACCAGAUUUACCGCUAUACAUUGGGAAACCAGUUUCCUUUCCAACCAAAGCAGCCCAUAUUCAUUCAAAGACUGGAUAA